UGUUGUCACUUUGUGUAUUAUACCACUGCAGUUAUAUCACAAAUUAACAGAUCAGUGACAAAAUGUCGGACGCAUACGAUGUUGUUGGAGGCUCUCUAAAAUUAAAAGGUGUAAAAGAUGGAGGUGUUAAGAAAAAAAAGAAGAAAAGUAAGAAACGAGAGCAUGUGAAAAAAGUUGAAGCUCCUCAAAGAAAUGAAGAGAUUGAAGACGAAGCACAAAAUAUCUCAAAAUCAAAUGACAGGCGAACACCAGCCCAAAUAGCAUUUGAUCGAGUGAAAGAAAAAAGAUCAGCUGAUCGCAUUCUGGCAAAAGCAUCACAAAGUCAUAAGGAAAGAGUAGCUGAAUUCAAUGAAAGACUGGACAAGUUAACAGAACAUUAUGAUAUACCCAAAGUCAGCUGGACCAAGUAAUUUAAGUAAUCAUCAAAGACAAUGAUACCAUUUGUGCUAUUGUAUUAUUAUAUACUCAAGCUUGCAUUUUAUCUUUAACUUCAAAGAUAAAACUUGUUAUUCUUAAGGUUGGUAGUGCUCAGUUGUAUAAUAAUGUUCUUUAAUCCUAUUGUAAAGUAGUUAAAAUGUGUCAUCUAAUUUUAAAUUAGGAGCUAAGUUUUGAAUCAUCAACUUAGCUCUUUCCUUGCUGUUA